GCCGCGUUAAAUAGAAAGCAGAGGCGAUGAGCGGGCCCAGAGCGCUGGAGGUGCCGCCCGGGGCAGCCGCGGCUCGCAGCGGAGCCAGGCAGGGGGGGCCCCGCACGGAGGAUGCUCCGGAGGCCGCCCGGGCCAGCACCGAGCGCCCGCCGCCGGGCGCGCAGCCCCCGCGUACGGUGCGCGCUGCGGCCGAAGAAUAGCUGCUGGAAAGCUGCCCUGCCGUAGCCACUGACGCUAUGGAAGACCGCAUCCGCUGGUCUAGGCUGUAGGAUGGUAGCGCACAGCAAGGUGUCAGCAGAUAAUGCAGUUGCAGCAGACCCGAGAUGUCUACUUGACCCUCCGGCACGGGAUCGUUCACAGGCUCGAGGCUACCACGGCCCAGGCCAGCCCAGCACUCUGCAGGCACAGAGCAACACGCACUUCCGAACCUUUCGCUCGCAAGCGGAUUUUAGUAGCAUCACUCGAGCAAGCAGCCUGCUGGAUGCCUGUGGCUUUUACUGGGGACCUCUGACUGUCAGUGCUGCCCACGAGAAGCUGAAGUCUGAGCCCGAGGGCACCUUCCUCAUCAGGGACAGCACGCAGAAGAAUUGUUUCUUUGCCAUCAGUGUUAAGACAGCAACUGGGCCCACCAGCAUCCGGAUAAACUUUCAGACUGGACGCUUCAGCCUGGACGGCAGCAAAGAGACUUUUGACUGUCUUUUCAAGCUGCUGGAACAUUACUUAAGCUCCCCAAGGAAGGUACUGGUUACCCCCCUGCGCAAAGUCCGCGUGCAGCCCUUGCAGGAGCUCUGUCGGAAGAGCAUCGUGAAGACUUUUGGAAGAGAGAACUUAAACCAAAUCCCUCUCAAUCCUGUUUUAAAGGACUACCUGAAAUCCUUCCCAUUUCAGAUCUAAGUACAGCAUUAACUGUAUAGGGACGUGUGAGAGAUGCAUAAAGAAAUCCAGCCUUCUGGGUUUUUAAACAUGUUUGACAGUGAGCAAACUUAUUUUUGUAGCAACUUACUGUAUUUUGGGAUGCAACUUGAACACUUGACUUCUUAUGUUUACAAAAACUGUUUGCACAAACCUGGGGUUUUAAAACCCUGGCAUAAUUUUUCUGCCAAGCAGAGUAUUUUAUUAUUUUAUAAUAUUUUUAAUGCUAUUAAUGUAAUAAACUUUAUUGUGAAAGUUUUUAAAAAAAA